UUCAAAGGAACCGAGUCAGGAGCCUUGGCCUGCAACUCAGAAACUGUGGUCCGAUGGAGCUACUUCCAAGAGAGUUCCAGAUCAAGCUCGCUGCUCUAGAAGUCGCCACUACGAGAGAAACAAGGACGCAAAAGCAAGCGACGUUUUACAUCGAUGGCAGCAAGAGUCAGAUGCUGCGAAUGGCACGGGACCUAACUGAGGCUGUCAAUGCGGGCGUCCUACAUCAAGAAGACCUCACGGCUAACCUCAUCGACGAAUACUUGUCCCUGGUCGAGUGCCCGGACGUUGACAUGUUGAUGCGGUGCGCUGGUGCUAAGUUCAGUGACUUCGCCGUCCCGCAGUGUAACUAUACCUACCUGAACAUGGUGCCCACGUUUUGGGAGGAACAAGGCUUUUGGGACUGGAUUUGGGCGUUUAUUGAGUACCAGCUGUAUUGGCCUGCCAUCAAGGGUGUGAAAAGGAGGCACAACGGAUAUGUGAUUACCAGCUCCUGCAGGCAAAACCUUCUCAAGUGAUUCGUCAGCGCAAGUUCCUAAUGCACAUGCAAGUCUUGAGGAUGCAAAGCAUAGGCGCAUUAACGAGGGGGCUUAGAAAUCCAGAGGUGCACAGCCGUAGCUGCACUACGACACUGGGCCCUGAAAAACGUGCAUGCAAAUGUGUGCUUGGGAAAAGCCUAGACGAACAAGAAUCAAGUUUUGUGCUGUAACGAGC